UGCGUCUGUGUCUGACGAUGUGUGUUUAGGUUUAAUUGUCUUUCUCUGCAGAAUUUCUAGGCAACGCACCCUCGAGGUGUCUAUCCAAGCAAUCUUUAGAUCUGAGCAGGAGAAAUACCAGAGGAUCUUUCCUCCCCUCUGCACCUUUCCAUGACACCCUUCCCGCUUUAGCAAACAGAGGCGCAUUCAAAAGAGGGUACUAUGAAGCAUGCAUCAUGUCUACCCUCAAAGAUGUUAUACUGAAAUGGAUGGGCACCAACUAAGUCUUCAAGGGACUAAAUGGUGCUUUGAAGGAUUGUUCAGUUCAAGGGAAUGAAGAAUUCAGAAUAAUUGUGGUAAAUGGAUUCCAAUAUGGGGCAUAAGAAUAAACUGAGCAGUUGACCUGCUUUGAAGAUAUGUACUGUCCUCUUGUGUAAUCUCUAAAAACAAAAGCAAUCAAAAUGAAUUCAACAUUACUUUCUCAGGUUGAAAAUCAUUCGGUGCACUACAAUCUGUCAGAGGAGAGUGCCCCAUUUUUGGCUUUUGAAAACGAUGAUUGUCACUUGCCCUUGGCUGUGAUAUUUACCUUAGCCCUUGCUUAUGGAGCUGUGAUCAUUCUCGGGGUCUCUGGAAACCUGGCUUUGAUCAUAAUCAUCUUGAAACAGAAGGAGAUGAGGAAUGUCACCAACAUCCUGAUUGUGAACCUUUCCUUCUCAGACUUGCUUGUGGCCAUCAUGUGUCUCCCCUUCACAUUUGUCUACACGCUAAUGGACCACUGGGUCUUUGGUGAGACAAUGUGCAAGUUGAAUCCUUUCGUGCAAUGCGUGUCCAUCACGGUGUCCAUUUUCUCUCUGGUUCUCAUCGCUGUGGAACGCCAUCAGCUGAUCAUCAACCCACGAGGGUGGAGACCAAGUAACAGACAUGCUUACAUAGGUAUUGCUGUCAUUUGGGUCCUUGCUGUGGCUUCUUCUCUGCCCUUCCUGAUCUAUCAAGUCCUGACCGAUGAGCCAUUUCAAAACGUAACGCUCGAUGCAUUCAAAGACAAGUACGUGUGCUUUGAUAAAUUUCCCUCGUACUCUCAUAGGUUGUCUUACACGACUCUCCUCUUGGUGCUGCAGUACUUUGGCCCACUCUGCUUUAUAUUCAUAUGCUACUUCAAGAUAUACAUUCGCUUGAAAAGGAGAAACAACAUGAUGGACAAGAUGAGAGACAAUAAAUACAGGUCGAGUGAAAGCAAAAGAAUCAACAUCAUGUUGCUGUCCAUUGUGGUGGCAUUUGCAGUCUGCUGGCUGCCUCUCACCAUCUUUAACACCGUGUUUGAUUGGAAUCAUCAGAUCAUUGCCACGUGCAACCACAAUCUGUUAUUCCUGCUCUGCCACCUCACCGCCAUGAUAUCCACCUGUGUCAACCCUGUAUUUUAUGGAUUCCUGAACAAAAACUUCCAGAGAGACUUGCAGUUCUUCUUUAACUUUUGUGAUUUCCGGUCUCGGGAUGAUGACUAUGAGACAAUAGCCAUGUCCACCAUGCACACGGAUGUUUCUAAGACUUCUUUGAAACAAGCAAGCCCAGUCGCAUUUAAAAAAAUCCAUAAUGAUGAUAAUGAAAAGAUCUGACACUGCUUGGAGCUUAUGGUCCCAGAAGACAUAUGUUUAAAAGCAAGUGUAACAAGACAUGUAUUCUCAUUACCUGUUCUCCAUGGAAUGGAAUCGAAGUCACUUAAGAAAGACUGAGAUUUUCCUGUAUUGCCUUGUAUUGCUUUUGUUAUGGUUGUCGCAAUGACAUUUGGAACAAAAAUGUAUGGGUUUUGGCAUCUCCUGGUAAUUAUUUUGACCAGACUUUCUUCAAGUGCUUUUUGUGGAAUUAUGCAUUUAACAACUUUUAGACUAUAUUUAUUGGAAUGAAAUUUCUUUGAAAUUUCUCUCUAAACCAACUUAAGACUGACACACUCAUUACAUUGUACCAUCCUGACUGUCAGUAGAUUGGGCCACCCUCGUUUAAUGACAGGUGUCAUUUUAGUCUGUCGCAGAGGUGACAGCAUGCAAAUCUACAUUGAGGAUGUUGAACCAAAAGAGAGUGUGAAAUUGUUCAGAAGUGAUCUGCUUUUUUUACCUUUUUUUUUUUUUAAAGAGAGGACUUAAUUUGCUCCUCCUAAUGAAGUAUCACUUAAAUUAAGAUGAGAACGCACAAAAUGCUUUUCAGCUGUGAAUAUCAUAGGGACUUGGACCAUCCACAAGAAUCAGUGGGUAAAUAGUUCCCUAAUUUCAAAACUAUUUUGGAACCUGCCAACCAAAGCAUUUCAGAGUAAUUAGUUUAAUAAGUAAAUUCACAUUGCUACGAAUAAUUAAAUUAUAUUCAUUUGAAUUGAUAGUGAAGAGCUUUUACAUCCCUUACAGAUUGUUCAGUGUUUUUCAAGCUUUCAGGCAUAAACAUAUAAUUCAAAAGGCAUUUCCAGCUUACAAUGUAUUUUCUUCACAGCAGUGCCUAUUCACUCACUUUUAAAUUUCACUAUUCAUCUUUCAAAGCAGAGGACAACAAGGGACAAUGUUAAAAGGAUAUUCACUUUAGCUAGCAGGGAUAAAUACUUAACCACUUCAUAUAGCCCAUGUUAACUUGUAUAAACUGUGUGACUUGUGGAGUUUAUAAAUCAUGCACUACAUAGAGUACUGAGUAAUUGUGUCUCCUUGAUAUAUUUAGUUUCAUGUAUCUUGUGAUCAUGGUUGAGCCUCAGAAUCAUUUGGAGAAAAGACAUUUUGAAGAACAAGUCAUAUUUUCAAUGUAUUAUACAAAGUAUUAAAUGUGUUUUAUUUAAAAGAAGGGCAAACACUUUCUCUAUUAAACUUGUUUUUGCUUUUCCUGAGGAGUCUUUUGUUUCUGUCUUCAGCUUCGUUUAUUUUUUCUCCUGUCAUGACCACUCCCAUGGUGUCCCCACUGCCCCAGUUUCAGUUUGCUAAAUGAGACAUUUUCUACUCUGGAAGAACCACUUAUGGCCAAGUUACCCUGCCUUGCUGGAUGACUUCAAGUUUCUUGAAGGCAAGGACUAUCUAAUGUGACUGUUCCCAGUGCAUAUGGCACAGGGUCAAGUACCUAGAAGUUUCUCCAAAAGUAUUUCUAAAGCGAAUGAAUGACCAAAUUUUCUUCCUCCCCUCCCAUUUAUGAUCAUAUUGAAUUCUCAUCCAGAUGUUUUCUUGAAAACUUUCUUCAUAAAUUCCUCUUUACCAAGAAAGUGUUUUCUCUUCUACUGUAUUAUUUUCAUUCCUCAAUGAAGC